CCGCCCAGCCCAUUCCCCUCUUCACCAACAACACCAACAACAACCACCGGUUUCGCUCGAACCAGACAACAUGAUCACCCACAUCGUGCAAGUGCAAUUCAAGUCUUCGACCAGCCCCGACCGGGUUGAAGAAGUGUGCAGCAAUCUGGUCGCGCUGAAGGACAAGUGUCUUCAUCCGACCACCCAGACGGCAUACAUCAAAUCCUUCCGAGCCGGGAAACAGAACUCGCCUGAAGGGCUGAACAACGGCAUCACUCAUGUGUUCGUCAUGGAGUUCGAGUCCGAGGAAGACCGCGAGUACUACCUGAACAAGGACCCCGAUCAUCUCGCCUUCGUCAAGGGUCUGGGCGGGGACAUUGAGAAGGUGCAGGUGGUCGAUUUUACGAACGGCGUCUUCUAGAUUUCCCGGGCGCCCUCGGCUUACUACUGUGCCAUUUGAGGUGGGACACGGUAGGGAUGUUGAUUCCACGGACUGCAAGACCCGACCUGGACCUGGUCGUGUAAAUAGAUGACUCUUCGAGCAUGUGCAGCUGAUAAGCGAAUUGAUGUUUCAUGGACAUCUAAUCAUUGGCUUGAUUUCAUUCGCUAUAUUCUGAUUCGAUGCUUGAAACCCGCUGCAGGUGACUCGGUCGGAGUCCUUACCGUGUACCGACCAAGCCAAUUGGUUACAUGUAACCGGCGACACCACCCGUCAAGUUCGAAACGAAUCUGGGGGUUGAAUGACUGCAAUUGAAC